GAUUCACAGUUUUUGCCUGCGCUGCUCCAAGUGGUGUAGCUGAUUUUUUGAGCGAACCGAACGACAUGUUUAGGGAGAAAAGAGUGUAACCGCGCAUUUCAGCAAGUUUUACCUGUAGAUAGAACUUCGUAACCGCCACCAACGGAUAUGUGUGGUGGAUAGCUUCUCUCUCCCUCUCUCGGUCGGAACUUGUAAGGCUUCAGUGGGCAAGGGGUAGGAGUGAAGCCAUGGCGACUCUAACAUUCAAUCCCGCCAGAAUCAGAACCCCGAGACUUCAAUCUCACAAACCCAUCUCCAGUUCCCUUUCCCUCUCAAAACCCAACAAAAUCGUAUACCCCUCCUCUCAUUUCUCCACAAACCCACAAAUUUCCCAGCCCAGAUUGUCUCGAUCACGAUUGAACUCUGUCUCCGAAAGCCCGACUUCGUCGCCGACAGAGAAGCCUUCAGCUUCAGCUCUAACUGAUGAUGAGGAAGAGUAUGGGGACCCGACAGCGGAAGUGAGUUAUCUGGACCCAGAAAUCGAUCGAGAAAGCAUUUCGGAGUGGGAAUUGGAUUUCUGUUCAAGACCAAUUUUAGAUAUUAGAGGGAAAAAGAUCUGGGAGCUAGUCGUCUGUGACAGUACGCUCUCGCUUCAAUAUACCAAGUACUUCCCAAACAAUGUCAUCAACAGCAUCACCUUGAAGGAUGCCAUCGUAUCGAUUAGCGAUGAUUUGGGUGUCCCUUUGCCACAGAAAAUUAGAUUUUUCAGGUCACAGAUGCAGACAAUUAUAACAAGAGCCGGUAGGGAGCUUGGUAUAAAGCCUGUUCCAAGUAAGCGGUGUUUGUCACUACUUCUGUGGCUGGAAGAGCGUUAUGAGACUGUCUAUAUGCGUCAUCCUGGAUUUCAAAAAGGAUCAAAGCCACUUCUGUCAUUAGAUAAUCCCUUCCCAAUGGAUCUUCCUGAAAACCUUUUUGGGGAGAAAUGGGCCUUUGUCCAGUUACCUUUCUCAGCUGUCCAAGAGGAGGUCUCAUCUUUAAGGACAAGGUUCACCUUUGGUGCAAGCUUAGAUUUGGACCUCUUGGGAAUUGAAAUUGAUGAUAAGACAUUGAUUCCAGGACUGGCUGUUGCAUCUUCACGUGCUAUACCUUUAGCAGCUUGGAUGAAUGGAUUGGAGGUUUGCUCAGUUGAAGCUGAUACUUCCCGGGCUGGCUUGAUUCUAUCAGUUGGAAUUUCUACUCGGUAUAUCUAUGCUACUUACAAGAAAACUCCAGCAACAACUCAAGAAGCUGAAGCUUGGGAAGCAGCGAAGAAGUCAUGUGGAGGCUUGCAUUUUCUUGCCAUCCAAGAAAGCUUAGAUUCAGAUGAUUGCGUUGGGUUUUGGCUCCUCUUGGAUUUGCCCCCCCCACCUGUAUAAUUUGAGCUGACAUUUCCAUUAUCCAUGAUUCACUCUUAAAUGUUACUUCUCAUCCAUAUUGUGUUUAGGCCAAUGGUUGCAGGAGAAAAUGCACUCCCACUUAUUAGCUCUUUAGGCUGCAUUUGGAAACGAUGCAAAUGGAGUGUAAAUCCCGGUUCAGGGUAAAUUUGCACUCUGGUUCACUUUUGCCUUUUUUUUUUAUUAGUAAAAAGAAGUUUCAUUAAUGUAAAGAAAUUACAGGGGUUAUAGUUUAUGAGUAGCCUCGGCUACCCCGUUACAGUGCA